AUGACGAAAGAAAACAAUGUGGAUCAAGAGGGGCGGUCGAACAAACGUCCUCGUUUAGCGGAAGCGAAAAUCUCUGCCCACAUAAAAAAUGUUGUGGACUCAAGAAUGGGAAAGAGUGAAACAGUUAAAAAGGUAAGCUGGAUGACAAAAACAAAAAAUUCCCUUAAUUCUAUAUGGUCUAUAUAGUAAGUUUUAAAUUAUUGUACGCGGUAUAGUCAACUUAUAAAAGCUUCAAGAAUGAAAUAAAGUAGAGAGGACCGUUGAUUAGCAAAUUUUCGCUCAUUUAAUUAGGAUCGACAAAUGGCACUUAUAUUCCCUGUUAUGAAUUCGAUUAAAAAGACAGAGCAAUUAUAUAUAGAUAUCAGUAUAAUUGUCGAGUUAUAUUCAGGAUUACAAGGAUGGAAUUAUAUUAAAGCUCGCUACAUUAAAAUGCCACUUGACCGGCCCAAACUUAAGCUCGAAAUUAUAGUUUUGUGAACGUAACUUUUUUUGAGUUCAUAUUCAUAUGAUUUCGUUUGCAUACCUCACAUGUUAGUCUCCUUCCUCUUGCAAGAUCAUAACAAGUGACAUCCCUCUAACCACAUUCUGUAAAGUUUUUUUUUAUAUAUAAGCCUAAGAAAGAGAUCCUUUUAAGACGCAGCGAAAUCAGUCAACAGAGGAAAUUUUCGAAAAGUCUGAAAACUUACCACGUCUCCUCCGUCAUAUACUUUUGUCGUUCAUUUCCUCUCUCAGGAUGUGAAAUGAUAUGUCCAAAAGACACUCUCUCGUUUUGUGUUUUCAACACAAAGAAAGACAGGAAAGACCAAGAAAGGUACAUUUUAAAAAAUGGCGGACGACCAGCACUUGAGCUCGACACGUCAAUCAAUAACGCUCUCCCCAGGUCCCGGAUUGGUAUUUUUAUGGAUACUAAAUUUAAUGCAGGGUAAACGUGAAAUAUUUAUUGCAUUCUUCUUGGUUCUUUCUUAUUUUAGGAAAUAAAUGGGAUUAACAAAAGCAGCAAGGACCAAGCUGACCUUUUCCCGAUAUCGAUGUCGAAUUUGUCGAAUUCUUCCUCCCAAGAACAAGAAGAGAUCAAACCGGAAAUUGUGAACAACAUCAACUCGCAAGGUACGUAAAUGAAAAAUGAAAGCAGGUCGUGAUCGACUACACUUAGGGACAUUAGAACUCAGACCUGUCCGGGUGUCUGAUUAACUCCCGGUAAUAUAGCGAUGUUUUCAGACAACCCAUAUCAUAAAAUUUCGCGAGGGGAGGCAUCUGUAGUAGACAAGCAUCCCAUUCGAAGGAAGAAGCCGUAAUAUCAAGCAGGUCCUGACGACAGAAAUCGACUUUAGCUCUGGCCACAUGGGUCUCUUUUGCGGGUGUGUUUAGUAAUAUCCUUUACAUGGUCAAAUUAAUAAAUAAAUAAAUAACCGAAUCAAUUUUAAUUCCAACGUUUUUAUGGUCUUUCUAAGGGAGAAUGAUACGCGACAUCAUUUUAAGAAAAGUUUUAUGGCCUUGUCUAAAAAGAAUGACACGAAACAAACUGGUAGAUUUUAAAGUCAACCUUUUUAAAAUGUAUAAAACGUACCAGGCAACCAAACUGGCAGUAUUUGAGCUAAAAAUGUUGUUAUUCAUAAUGAUGACAGAAGAGUUGAACUGGGAACUACCACCAGAGUUCCGAGGGAUACUCGAACACUAGACCUUCUAAUUCCGAUUCCUAGGCCCUGCCUCAUUUCUUCGCGUACUACAAAAUGAAACCAAAUCACGGGAGCCAGCACAUACCACUGAUAAAUUACUCUCACCGACAAGGGAAACACUUGUCCCAGUUGACUCUCUGCACGUGAAGUUUACGCCCGUACUUAGCCUGGGUUUCUAGUUUCUAAUUUGUGUGAUCUGCAGAUAAUGUUGAUCAUUACCAUAUGGAAUAUGAGCUUGGCGAAGGUGGAUUUGGUCGAGUCAUUGCUGCCACACGAAAGGCUGACAAUGUGCCGGUAAGAAAUGGAUAAAAAUAGAUGAUAUGAUUUGUGAGCAAGUCACUGAUAAGAACUGCAAAAUCACCCAAAUUUCAAUAAACGUAGAAAGUAAUAUAUUGUUCUGUAUGUUGAAUUGUAAAUUCGGUAGCUCUCUCAAAAGAACACGGUAUCUCAUUCCAGAGUUUUGUGCCUAUUCUUGAAAAAAGAAUUUCUGUGUAUUUCAAGCCUUGAUCGUUUUAUGCAAAACAUUUUUGAGGCAGCGGAGUGAGUGUUGUAUGAAUGGAUGCUAGCUUUAGCUAUACUAUAAAGUUAAUGAAUAAGUAUAGAAUGCAUUUUAUUUGUCUAGAAAAUGGUACAUUAAAUUCAAAAAGGCCAUAAGCCAGGAUAUCAAUAAAAUGAUGUACAGAUACUGUGUGGAUUUACUAUCAAAAAAUACUGACAUUGGAUUGUUUGUUGAAUUUCAGGUGGCCAUUAAAUUUGUUGAUAAACGCUCCGUAAAUGACUUUAAAGAGGUUAGUAAAUCAACAAAGGUCUUCUCUAACGAAACAUAUCAUUUCUGUCAUUCGUGUGCUGAUAUAACUUUCCGCGCCAUGUAAGCAAGAAUAAAACAUUAUAUUUAAUACUCAUGAUCUCGUUCAAAAUAACUAUAGUGAAAUAAAUGUUUGCAGUCCAUCCUUUUCUCAUUUUUCCUUUAAGGUGAAUGGUGAAAAAAUUCCAGCUGAGGUUUAUUGGAUGAUCAAAGUUCAGCAUCGUCAUGUGAUUAAGAUUUACGAUUUCUUUUCAACGGGCAACUAUUACGCUUAUGUCAUGGAAAGGCCAGGAAACUGUCAGGAUUUGGGUAGUAUUUUAUUCGAUAGAACAAUGACAGAGAAAGAAGCGCGGAGGUAUUUCUCCCAGAUCAUUGAAGCAAACAUCAAAUGCGAAGAAAAUGGAUUUAUUCACCGCGAUCUUAAACCAGAAAAUGUCCUGGUUGAUUUGGAUGCUGAUGAAGUCAAACUAAUCGACUUUGGUCUGGCGUCAGAGAUACAAUAUGAACCUUAUACUGUGUUUAGAGGUAGGCAACGUGUUAGAGGCUAAAAAGACGAAGUUACUCACUACAUAUUUACUUUUGUUUUGUUAGUCAGUCAUUUAGGUAGUUUUGAUUAGAUAUUUACUUAUUUAGUUAGUAAGUUAGUUUGAUUGUUUGUCUGCUUCUGUUUUUGUCCCUGCUUUUUUAGUAUAUGACAGUAAAAUAGAAGUAGCAUACUUUUAGUACCCGGCUAUGGAAAAAAAAACGCUUUGGUCAAACCAAUUUUUGACUUAAAUGGCUAUUGUUUUAAACGUUUCAGGUACCAGGGUUUAUAUGGCGCCGGAAUAUUUUAGAUUUGGAUGGUAUGAUGGUUGCCAGGCUACUGUCUGGGCUUUGGGGAUGAUCUUAGUGGACAUGCUUUCUCCAUAUAUGGCAUUCAGUAAGCCCGAACAGGCCUAUAGCAGGUCUCCCAGAAUCCCACAUCAUCUAUCACCAGGUAAUGUAGUUACUUUAUUUAACAAGCGUGAGGAAAAAAAUCAAAGUAUUAAAUUUUUAAUCAGAGCUCCUUAUAGGAUACUAGCCUAAGACGUCCUGUUGCAUUUGAGGCUUCUGAAAGUUUUACAGUUACAUAUCAAUCUUUAUUCUUUAUUUUUUUUGACAGAGGCCAAGAAUUUGAUCAGUUCAUUGCUGAAUGUUGUACCAAUGAAUCGACCAACACUGCGACAAAUAUCAAACCAUCCUUGGUUUACUAUGCAAGGUUGGUAAACAAUAGCUACUGCACUGUUUUUGACUCGCACGAUCAUGCCAGAAGAGCUUAUUCCGGCCCUUUUGCCCAAGGCGGUGCCUGUAGAAUUUCAUAACCUCUUUAGAAUCGUGAAACCCGCACAAGGCCUUGCUCACAAGCGUUUCUGCGAAAAAUUGCUCCAAGCUGAUAGGCUCUCGUUAAAUUGUGUUUUUAUAUUUUAUAUUAUUGAUUUCUUUGUAAAGAUUUUAGUCUCUAAAAAGUCCCUUGUAUUUUUCUCAGGUUCAACAGAAACCUUUUGUUCAAACGUCCUUACGUAAGUUUAUAUAAUGUUAAACAUGUAUAUCGCGUACGCGGCGUAUUUCUUAAUUGGAUCCGUAAAUACCUUUUAGAGCCUGUAGUAAACAGCAAAGUUAUCUCAAAUAAAAUCUCUAGCAACUAAGGCAGCGCAAGGAGACUGGGAUGACUGGCUAUCGGCCAUUGAAAAUACUAGUCAUUUCCACCCCAAUGAAUCAGCUGAGUCGAGUUUGCAAGAUUUUUUUGCUUGUAAUCAAUUUUAUUAUUAAAAAGCAGGCUAUCGUCAGCACCAAUACAUACUGCUUACCACUAAAUACGAUUUGUUUUCUGAUCUUUAGCAAGAAAAAAUCUUGUGAUAAAGAAAAUGAACUUUCCUGGGUGACUUUGUGCGGCCUGCAGAGUUUGUCUUUGACAAAAGAAGAAGAAACCGACCGAGCGGAAUUGAUCACCAAACAUUACUCGCACAGUAAGUGCCUUUCAUUUCCUUGUUUCGUCCUAAAUCUCUCGGUGACGAAAUUCUAGACGAAACAUGAAAUAUGGCUGCUCUGCUCCAAUAAAUCAACUGAUUCUCUAAGGCUGUUUGAAAGCCCUCUGGUUCAAUUCCUUUAACUUCCAAAACAACAGAAAACUUCCUUUUUUUAUUUCAUUCCGUUAAUGCUGUCCAUUGUCAUUGGUCAGCAACUCUAUCAAUGAAAAUUCCAAUUUAAUAAUCAAUGAGGCAAUUAUCAAUUUGAUCGAUAAAAAUUUACAGUCGUUGAAGUCCAGUACACCUACACCUUAGUCGAUUAUGAAGGUUUGCCAAAGUUCAGGACAAUGAGGUGGAUAGCAUAUCACCCAACUUCAAAUUGUCAGAGAACUUAUGAGAGCAAUUUCCUAUCAUAUAAGUUCAUCUAUGGCCAUUUUCAAACAACCACUCAAACAUAAAAGCCAACUCAGCUUGCUGUUUUCUUACCCUGACUAACCGUCUUUGCUAUUCAGGUUCAUCUGAGUCAGCUUCCAGUUCGGACUGCAGCACCACAGCCUUCAAUGCCAACUCUUCCAGGUAGGCAAAGCGAGAUAAUGGCUUCUCCUUAAUUAAAUCAAGCACCAAUUUAAAAAAAAACAGUUUUGGAAAAUAAAUAAAUGUAUUCUUGCUCCGGCCUAUUUGUAUCUUUGAAAAAUCAGUGGACUGAGUACAUGAACUGAAGCCAGUAAAACCCAAAGCCUAACCCUAACCCUAACCCUAACCUAACCCUAAACCCUAACCCUAACCCCUAACCCUAUCCACCCUAUCCACCCUAACCCUGUCACAACCUCAGUCCGGGUAUGAAUCUGAAAACUUGAGAGCGCUCGUCUGUGCCCAUAAACCGUCGACUCGGAGUCGGGUUCCAUUGUUCUUUUGUUUCUCCAGUUUCUGCUGUUUUCCAUAACCAAACCACGAAACAGAAAACGACACGAAAGAGUAAUAAAACCAUCGGUUCCAAACCCUUGUUAGCGUUUUGCUGACACCCACCCAUCUUAGCCGAACGCUGAGUGAUUGGUCUAGGAAAGUCUGCUUCAUCGAUUAGACUUCCGUCCAGCAAAUGCCGACACCAGUAUUAAUAAGUAAAUCAAUGAAUAAAACACAUUUAAAAUAAUCUAUAAGAAAAGAUAAAGUGGAUAGAGAAUGAAAGAAAAGGUACCUUUUACGAGAAAGGUAUUUCUUUCUUGUUUUCAGAGAUUCUAAGGGAAGCCACUCUUUUGAAUCGUCAAGUUCAUCGGCGCGGAUAUCUUCAGAAGUAGAGCCGUCUGAAUCAUUUGCGGAGAUUCGAAACACAAGCAAGUUAACGGCGGUGAAUGAGGAUAUUCAAGAAACCGACUGUGACAUUUUUCAGCCCCUGGUUGUUUUGUGUGUAAUGUGGUAUUGUGGUUACCAGGCCACUGUCUGGGCUUUGGUUAUGAUUGUAUUGGACUUGACGUCCCCAUAUAUGGCGUUAAGUAAGCCCAAGCAGGUCCAUGAACGGGCCCCCCGAAUCUCGAGACUUCUUUCACCAGGUAAUACUAAUAGAAACCAACCCUUAUCUCAAUACUCUGUCCCUGAAGACAUUUCUUCCACCACCGAAGAGGAAAUUCGCCCUCUAUCGAGGCGCAGUCAAUGGCAUACUUUCGAAAGGAACAUAAUGUCUUAAACUAGCCAAGCCUAAAAGAGGAGCCGCCGCAUUAUAAUCAAUCUUCGUUCCAAAUCUAAGCUGAGGUCUAAUUGCUGGACAUCAUCACAUUAUCAACACGUUUUGCCCUUACGUGGUUUUCAGCACUUCUUGAUCACGUGAUGAACUGACUACGGAACUGUCAGGAUUCGGAUUUAUAUACAACUGCAGCUGAUAAAAAUGCAAUUCACGAUGAAGCUAUCGUAAUCUUGACUUUAAUUUUCGUAACCUGCAGUCUGUUUAACAGAUUUAAACUGAGCUUUCUUAAUAAUGGUUAAAAUGGUUAUACUUUGAAAAUGUAAACUGAAAAUGUCAGGGGAAUCUUUUCUGAUUCGCUUCAUCGACCCAAAGAAAUUGAGAAAUUACUUGAAGAACCACACAAAAAGCCUCAGUCCCGAUGUUCCUGACCUUGAUUAUUCCUGAAUUAUUUUUAAACGUUUUAAGACUAUGAAAAUGGAAAAAACAGGGAAUCUUUCUGUGGCUUCUCGGUAUUGGUCCCGAUGUUCCUGGCAAAUUAUUUCAAACGUUUUAAGGCUAUGAGGCUGGUUGUGAUGUUGUCAAGCAUGCUCUGAUUUGGCGUAUUUGUAGAAAUUGUUAAUUUAUAACAAGCCCCUUUAUUUUAAUUUUUUGGUAGGUUCCGCAGAAGACCCUUCGUCAAAUUCCUUUGACAUGUAAGUUGUUUGCUUAACAUUCGUCACGUACUUACUUGGUGAUUGGAUCCGAAAAUAGUCUUAGAACCUCUGUCAAAUAGCAAAUCUAAUGAAGUCCUAGCUACUCAAGUGCCUAUUGUAAAGGGGAAAAGUCGUUCGCCAUACCCUUUCUUGAGCCCACUGUAUCCGUUGAGGCAAUUGUUUUAGAUUUCAGGUUAACUAAGAUGCGGGAAAGCGUCCUAUUUUAGUAAAUGCCGUCUUUGUCCAUUUCUUUCCUAAACGUGCGGGAUACAUAGUGCUUUCCAGCACUGAAAUACGAUUUGUUUCCUGAUCUUUAGCAAGGACAAAUCCUAUGAUGAAGAACGUGAGCUGCCCUCGGCGACGUCGAAUUGCUUGAGUUCACUGGCUCUUACGGAAGACCGAGAAGAAUUGAUAUCUACUGAACAUUGCUCGUACAGUAAGUGUCUUUUAUCGUGGCUCUAAACACCUAUGCAACGGUAUAAGAUGUAAGGAUGCAUACAUCAACAUCCACUAAGCGUUUUAGAAACCCUCUUUGUCUUCUUGGGUUCAGCUUUAAUGUUCUUUAAUCAAAAGAAAAAUUUUUCUACUUGUUUCUAAUAAGGGUGCGUUUGAUCGUACUCUGGAAUAAGAAUACGCAAAAGUUUCGUUACAAAUCUCUUCUAUCGUGAUUUUUGGAGAAUUUAAACUUCAUAUACAGAGAAAUAUUUUAUUAAGCAGUUUCAUCGUAAACAUGAUGGUCAUACAAUAAUAUUCUUAUUCUGGAAAAAGGUCAAUGGAACAAGCCCUAAGUGUCUUAAAGUACUAGCGAUUCCAACUGAAACCAACGGGUUGCAUGACUUUGUAGUCUAUCGAGAAAACUUGCCGCCAUAUACUUGGUGUUCAGUUGCUGAGAAAUUGUCAUUCAGUUUUAGGAGAAACUUCACGAGGAUUGAAACUGUUACUUAAGAUAGCCACUUUCUAAAGUUAGGAAAUCUGUUCAGUAUGUUCAAUCACUGAGAAGAGAAACUUGGCAGCGAACCUCGCGCGCCCAAGCAACGGAAGCGAGCUCUAGUGUUUAGGUGUUAGCCGUCUACGUCACCUACUAGACAAAGCCCGCUGGCAGCUUGAGAACAACGUGUCAAGGUAGAAACUCACCCGCUUAAGAGAUGCAAACCAUAAAUAGCAUAUAAAUAUUCUCACUGCAUACACAAUUGGCCCGUUACGCAGUAAAUAAGAAACUCCUUAAAAUUCCGUCGUGUUGGGCCUGCGCCCUUUGGGCAUGAUGCAUUGCGGCCCUUACUUAGAAUUACUCUGUUUUUGCCGUCCUCUUGCCGGGCCAGUUCAACGGACUUCAGUGGAAGUGACUUCAAAGUUUCGCCUCUUCCAGCUCCCCUGGUGGCGCGGUUGAAAGAAUAAAAUUGUUGUUGUUGUUUCAAUGGAAAGGGAAUUUACUUUUUUAAAAAACUUUUGUGGCAUCUUCUUUAGGAGAUCUUGAAAGAAAAGCUGUAUUAUAAAUUAGGAAUCCUGUUUUGAUUGAAUGGGUUUUUUAAUAGGUGUAUCGGAUAGCAGAGUUCAUUUAUCUGAGGUGGAAAAGUUAAGAUUUGGAUCGUAUGAUGGCUGCCAGGCCACGGUCUGUUCGUUAGGGAUGAUCUUAGUGGAAUCGCGCUCUCCAAGCUUAUUAUCCAGUAGGACAUAUACGGUGUUCAGUAAGCCAGAGAAGGCCUUUAAACGGCCACGCAGAAUCCCAGAACAUCUUCCUCCAGGUAAUGUUAUAAUAAUCGUCUAAAUUUUAUUUACCAAAUUAAGAGGUCUAAGACCUUUAGUAGGCGAUAUCAUUUCAAACACUGUCCAGUUUCAAAAGCAACUUUAAUCCUAAAAUUAAAAUUUUUGUUAUUCAGGGUCUUCAAGGUGUUGCAAUUUGGAUCUUUAUUUGUCACCCUCCGGUGUAACUCUUACCAGGUAAGCAAAGAAACCGACACUGAAGAUAACAGUAGUAUGAAUGUUUGAUGGGCACCAUGAGAAGUCUUUUUGACAUCCUGAUUCUUCCCAUGCCUCUCUUUUCAAUGACAAAAUUUUCCAAGGAUCUUAGAAUAGAUAAUAAGAACCCGUUCAGUAGGGGUAUUAAAAUGAAUGGUGCAUCACAAGAGGCCUCUGGGUAAUUUCUAUACAAGUUACAGAUUCUUAACUGUUAUUUCCAGGACUAAAAAGCCAUUAAGUACCUUUUCCCAGACAUACGUUCUUUUUAUUUUCAACAGGAACAAAGUAAAGGCCACAGAAAAGCUAUCAGCUCCAAUCAGAAAGAAUGGCUUGGAGUAUGAGGAAAGGUUUCAAGUUGAACGCGAAAGGAGAUUUCUUGCUGUUAUUUUUGUCAUUCUGUUGUCACGUAUCACAAUAAAGAAUUUACCGACAUUUACUUGUCUGCUUGAUUACUGUCGCAUGCACAAACACCAAACACACCAAAUCUCUCAUUAA